CAAGGACAGUGAAGUUCUUCAGUUGCAGAGAGUAACCCAGAGAGUAACCAAGAUAUGGUGGCCCCCAAAACUGGUGUCCCAGCUAGUGGACUUAAGACCGCAAAAGAGGCACCGCCACAAGGUGUGGAGGGCGUGAUGCAGGUGUCCAUAGACCCUGAACUGAACGAAGGUCCAUCUUGUGAAGAGACUCCAAGCAUUCCUAAUGCCCGUGGAGAGGCCUCAAAUCGUGGUACAAUGGCACCCAAAACUGAUGGCUUGGCUUCUGAAGUUCACCUCUUUAUUUCCUUAGUGGAAUAUCCAUUUGGGGUUUGGUGCAAUCAAAGCGACAUACUGCCUACCAGCAACUGCAACUCUUUGCCUCAUGUUCUGUGUUUUGGGGAAAAUCUUCUCCUUGGAGCAAAGAUACAUGAUUUACAUAUUUUGUAUGCUAUUUUUGGUCAUAAAUUGCGCAUAUAUUCUCAUAUAUGGCAAAAUGACAUAUAUGUGAAUAAGGUUUUGGAGCUCAGUAAAUCUGUUUGUCAAGUAAGAACAGGGAACGAAUUUGGAAGUGGAUUUCUCCUGUUUGACAAGUAUGUCCUUACAAACUUUCAUGUUGUUAAACCUCAUUAUAAUUUUAAGACUGGUCAGCUUACUAAUAAAAUCACCGUUACUUUUUCAUAUGAAGAACAAGAGUCUAAUUGUGAUCUUAUAGAUGUAGAAGAAGUUGUUUGUUAUGAUUAUAGUAAAAAUCCUGGUAAUAAGCGUGACUGGGCUUUGUUAAAGGUCAGUGUCAGUAUGCCAUUGCCCAAUGGUCUUUUACCACACAUUAAGUCAGUUUCUGACACUGAAUGUUCUAACAUCUUCAUUAUUGGACAUCCUAAUCGCGAAGUAAAACAAGUAGAUUUUUGUUCAGUUGUUUUUCCUGAGAACCGCAGACAGGUUGUGGAGGAGAAUUGGAGGAAAAAUCCAGGUCGCAAUGAUGAUUACGUUAAUCGUGUGGUAAGAAUAAUUCCACAACUCAAUGGCACACUGACAUACAAGUCUAAUUUUUACCAUAGCUCUUCUGGUUCUCCUGUGUUUAACGAGGACGGUAAGCUUGUUGCAAUGCAUUCAGGAGGAUAUCCUUACCGUGAUGCUAAGGGUCAGCGUCAGAGUCUUAUGGAUUUUGGUUAUCCUUUGCCUAAUAUCAUCAACAAAAUUAGAUUGCAGAUGAUGCAGAACUAA